AGUGGCGAGACCGCAUAUAAUGCAACUCCAGACUUAGAGGACCGUUUAAACAUGAUUCUGUCUCAAAUUCAGAACUGGGAGCAAAAGCUUUUGCCACGUGAGACUGAACGACAGCAAAAGACAACACCGCAGAUGGUGGUAGGUGAUCAAAGAGAUAAGGAACAACAGCCGAUUGUAGCAUCAACAACAGCAGAAGCAAAACAUGACAGCUUAGCAAAGAGGAUUGAAGAGCUUCAACGAGAAGUUUCCAAGCUACAGAUGAGAUAUGAUUCGAAGGUAGCCGAAAUUAUGGAAAACAACAAAACUGUACAACAACAGAGAGCAAUAAUAAACGGAUUAGAAAAAGAAACUAAAGAACAACACGCAAUGAUUAACACGAUAACAAGAGAAAAACAGGAGCUUUUAAACAGAUUAAGUGAAGUAGCGGGACACAAAUUACGUGAAAACAACGCAGCCAUAACUGACCUGAGUAGCGCCAUCAGACCGACUAAGAUUGCCGAGCUUUACAAAGAGUUGUACGAUAACCAGUGGACAGACGCGUUUGAAGAACUGAAAGAUCAGGGAUAUCCAGAGAUUACAGCGAUACAGAUCUUAAAUAACACUGUUUAUGACAGUUUUGAAUUUACGUCGGACUUGUCAAGACAGUACAUGGAACAUCUGGAAUUCAGCACAAAGAUUUUGCCAUAUCAAAAAGAAGGGAGUCAGAAAGCCGGCGGGCAAAACCAUCAAAGUCAUACGGCAAAAACCGUUCCUGUUCGAAAUCUGCAACAUCCUGCAGGAAACAGAAUCACAGUUGAACAGAAGCCAAUUCCAACGAAAGUUCUGUCUGAAGAAUGUAAAGAUCUUCUGCGACAACUAAGGAAAACAUCAGCUCCAGCACACGUUGAAGAAGUACAAAUGUGCUUCAUAGAAGGAAAAAAGCGGAAAGUUCCUCCUAACAACCAGAAGGCAAUGAAUGCAUUCUAUAAAGAAUGUGCUAAAGUCACGUGGUAUAUGAAUGUCCAGACUCCGCCAUUGUCGCUGACGUCAAGCCCGGCGAGAGGUACACCGUUCCUUACAGACCUGUAUACACCGUACACUCAGUCGGGGAACAUGGUCGAUUAUGUCGUCUGGCCGGCAUGUCUUCUUCAUGAGAAUGGUCCUUUAUUGAGAAAAGGGGUCUUGCAGCCAUUUAAAUCUGAAGAGGGAGUGGGAGUUGAAAAAGAAAAAAGCAAAAACGCCUUGGAUGGAGGUCAGACAAGGUAG